ACCAGAUGUAUUGUUAAAUUAUUACACAAGUUUAAAAUGGCAAACUGGUUUGGGUUCCGAUGAUUUUCGUGUAUAAAAACGGGCCAGACCGUUGGUGAAUUAUCAGUUGAUACAGAUACAUCAACCGGUGAUCACUUUAUUAAACGUCUCAUUAAAAUGGCUUUCAGGUAUAUGAUCCUUUGCGCUACUCUGGCCUUCGCAAGCGCUGGCAACCUCUUGGCCCCAGCUGCCGUAAGCUACUCAGCAGCCCCAGCACUGGCCUACAGCGCCCCACUCGCCUACUCCACCCCAGCCAUCACCUCCCAAUCCUCAAACAUCUACAGGACCGCAGGAAACUUGGGACAAAUCUCCACCUACUCCAAGACCAUCGACACCCCAUACUCCAGCGUGAGCAAAUCUGACGUCCGGGUCUCCAACCCCGGAUUAAGAUUCGCUGCUGCCCCAGCUCUCGCUUAUUCCGCCCCAGUAGCUCAUGCCGCUCCAGUAGCUCAUGCCGCUUAUGCCGCUCCAGUAGCUCAUGCCGCCCCAGCAGCAUAUGCCGCCCAUGCUUCUCCCCUGUUGGGAGCAGCUUACUCUGCCGCCCCAGCUGUCGCCCAUGUCACCUUUGACUCCGGUGUGUCCCACUACGCUUGGUAAUUGUUGGUUGUUGUUGUUUAUUUAUUUAUUUGAAUAAAUGUUUGUGAUAUAGAA